UCUUCGUGCGCCUGACUGCCGAACAGCAUGGCUAAUGUCAACAGCGUUUCUUUAUCUAGGUUAAACUCUCUAAACGGGAUUUUCUCCAUAUAUAAGAAACAGGGACCGACCUCUGCUGAUGUGUUAAACACGCUUAAAAACAAGCUUCUGAAAGAGGCUGGAGUAGCCAAUCCGAACUGUCGAAAGAGGAAGAAACAAGCUGUAAAGAUUGGCCAUGGUGGGACCUUAGACAGCAAUGCUUCUGGUGUUCUUGUGGUUGGAAUAGGUGAAGGGACCAAGAUGCUCACCACAAUGCUUGCUGGGUCUAAGAAAUACACUGCGGUUGGAGAGCUGGGCAAAGCAACUGACACUCUGGAUUGUACAGGAAGUGUUGUUCAAGAGAAUAACUAUGAUCACAUUACAAGAGAGGCUUUUGAAGAAAAGCUGAAGGAGUUUACUGGGGAAAUCAUGCAGGUCCCUCCUCUGUAUUCAGCACUGAAAAAAGAUGGCAAGCGUCUUUCUGUUUUAUUAAAGCAAGGGCAAGAAGUAGAGGCUAAGCCUGCACGACCAGUAACAGUUUACAACCUCACACUACAAGACUUCAAUCCACCACUAUUCACUUUAGAUGUCGAGUGUGGUGGAGGGUUUUAUGUCAGAAGCCUGGUGGAUGAUCUGGGAAAAGCUCUGUCCUCGUGUGCUCAUAUUCGGGAACUGAUUAGAACUAAGCAGGGUCAGUUUACGCUGGAGGAACAUGUGUUGAGGGAGGAACGCUGGACCUUCCAGGACAUUUCCCAGUCCUUACAGCCCUGCCCAGAGCCUGCGCCUCAGCAGAACAACAGCAAAAAAAACAAACCACACAGGAAACCCACCCAGCCUGGUUCUGAAAGUUCUGCUGGAGAUCACAAUCACAUCACAGCUGAAGGUGCCAGUGCAGAUCACAAUGACUAGAGGGAGGUGCUAGCAGAGCCUUAGAUCUCAGUAUACUCUCUUCCUUUAGUGACAGAGGGAAUGGCUUGCCUUUGACCACAAACUCUGAAUCUUUGUUUUAUUUCUGUUUUUUUUUGUGACAUCAUUCCUUUUUUAUAUGCUUUACAAACAAAUAUUAAGUGCUGAUUUUGGAAUGUAACUAUGCAGCGAGUGACCACUUACUGCAACUAAAAGUAUUGAGUUAUACACGGCUUCUUUAUGGUAUUGUUGGUUUAGAACAGUGUUCGGAUGACUGAUGCCUUUAUCCAAAGUGUUAUUUAUUAGUUCAGAUUAUUUCUGAUCAGUGACUGCUGGUGACAUUUUGGUUGAUCAAUAUUUGUGAUUAAAAAGAUGUUCUUGAUGCUAA